AUGCUGUUCUCCUUUUCGAUCACUAAUUUGCUCUUCUCAAUUUGUAUAUUGAUGAACGUAAAGAUGAUUUUUGAACCGGCCGAACGAUUGCACAUUCCCACCAAGGACCUCCUGUCGUACAUUUUCGACAACCCCGAGUACGACCAGGACGAGCCAAUUUAUAGAGAUCCCGCAAACUCGUCACGGUCAAUCUCGUGCAACCAGGCCCGGAAGCUGAUCCGCCAGCUGGUCGCGGGAUUGCAGGCAUGGGGUGUUCGGAAGGGCGACUGCAUCGCGAUUCAUGCCUUCAAUGAUAUUUAUUACAGUAUGCUGGUCCUGGCGAUUGUGGGCGCCGGUGGGAUUUUCACCGGCACGAACCCAUCGUACACGCCUAUGGAGCUGGAGCACCCCUUUAAAGAGUCAUAUGAUAAGAACGAAUCUGAAACGGGGUCUCUCGGAUCGUAG